GUUCUGUCAUGGGUGGGUUUGGGUUUGGCUCACUCUCAUCCUCUUCCUCAUAACCCCAUUCUUUAUUCCAAUAAGUAUCUCCAACCCUUCUCUCUAUCAAUAUUCUCUGUUCUGUCUCGCUAAGAUUAUUCAGACGAAAUCACGAAUCUUUAUUUCGUGACCGAUCCCAUCACUGUGAAGUUUCAAAGUUGAAGUGAUUUAUAUUGGAGCAUUCGAUAAGGAACGAUCUACACGCUUGUAGGAUCUUGGUUUUAAUGUUGGCUGGCAGUUAUUGAGGGAAAUGGCAACUUUAGUUGAGCCUCCGAAUGGAAUCGGGCAACGGGGGAAGCAGUACUACUCAAUGUGGCAAACGUUGUUCGAGGUUGAUUCCAAGUAUGUUCCGAUCAAACCCAUAGGGAGAGGAGCAUACGGUGUUGUCUGCUCCUCCAUCAAUAGGGAAACGAAUGAGAAAGUUGCAAUCAAAAAGAUCAAUAAUGUGUUCGAGAGCCGCAUUGAUGCAUUGAGGACACUGAGGGAGUUGAAGCUCCUUAGAAAUAUCCAUCACGAGAAUGUGAUUGCUUUGAAGGAUGUUAUGAUGCCUAUUCACAGGACAAGUUUCAAGGACGUGUAUUUUGUGUAUGAGCUCAUGGAUACUGAUCUUCACCAAAUUAUAAAGUCUUCACAGCCACUUUCAACAGACCAUUGCAAGUACUUUCUAUUUCAGCUGCUUAGAGGGCUCAAGUAUCUACAUUCAGCAAACAUUCUUCACCGAGACUUGAAGCCUGGGAACCUGCUCAUCAAUGCUAACUGUGACCUGAAGAUAUGUGAUUUUGGUUUGGCCCGUACCAGUAGAGGUACUGACCAGUUCAUGACAGAGUACGUUGUCACUCGCUGGUAUCGUGCACCGGAGCUGCUAUUGUGCUGUGACAAUUACGGAACAUCCAUUGACGUCUGGUCUGUAGGAUGUAUCUUUGCUGAGAUUCUUGGCCGAAAACCAAUCUUUCCCGGAACAGAAUGCCUCAACCAACUAAAACUAAUUAUCAAUGUCCUUGGUAGCCAGCAGGAAGCUGAUAUUGCGUUCAUUGACAAUCCGAAAGCCAGGAAGUUCAUCAAAUCACUACCAUAUUCGAGAGGAACACAUUUUUCCCGUCUGUACCCCCAAGCCGAUCCUUUGGCUAUAGACUUGUUACAGAGGAUGCUUGUGUUUGAUCCAACUAAGAGAAUCACUGUCUCAGAAGCACUCCAACAUCCUUACAUGUCAGGGCUAUAUGAUCCCAGAAGCAAUCCGCUUGCUCAUAUUCCAAUCAACCUUGAUAUAGAUGAGAGUUUAGGGGAACAUAUGAUUCGGGAGAUGAUGUGGAACGAGAUGCUUCACUACCAUCCAGAAGCUGCUUCUUCCAACCCUUUUGCCUAGGUAUGCUUUAAUUCCUUAACAAUGUUUGUUUAUGGACAUUUGAGAACAUAUAAGGUGUUAGUCCUGAUAUUGGUUUCACCAAGAUUUUGUUUCACUUUGUUUGUUUGGUAGUUUGAGGUCCCUGCAAAAGGUCAUUGCUAUCAUGUAACUAUGUAUAUAAUUAUGCUUGUUUAUCCCAA